AUGUCGCUCCUCACCUUCAUCCUGCUGCAGCAUCACUUCAUAACCCGAGGACUUUAUGGAGUCUGGCUGAUCGGCACGGGUGGACUUUUUGCAAUGGCACUCACGCAAAAUCAGUGGCCUCUUCUUAUAGUCGUCAGUCUGCUUGUGCACGAGUGUCUCAGCGGCUGCGCUGAGGUGGGCUCACUGACAGAGGCCGUGUAUGGCAAGGCCUUCGUGCUGGGCUGCAUUUCCUGCAAGAAACGAGAGGAAGUGUCAGCUGUCACCACCGUGGACUGGCACUUCAGACCUCACGGAGAGGAAAACUUCACGCACAUCUUGCACUAUGAGCACCCAAGCGCCGACGUGAUGGACGAAGCCUUCAGGGGGCGUCUAGACUGGCUGGGCACGCGGGGUGAGGACGUCCAGGUGGGUGCCAUCGCUGUGCGCAACGUCAGCUACGAGGACGCCGGCACGUACCGCUGCACCUUCAGCCGAACGCUUUUUCUGGCGGGCUUCCGGCAUCACGUCAGCGUGGAGAAAGAAGUGGAGCUCAGUGUGGUGGAGGCCGCCGACCGUGAGAUGGCGGCGGUGGUAUCGGAGAUCGUCACGUACGUGCUGAUCGUGCUGCUGCAGCUGUGGCUCAUCGUGGUUGUGGUCUACUGCUACAAGAAGGUGUACGACGACAUCGACGCCCGUGAGGCACGCAGAGCUCUCAAGGCUCACAAGAAACUGCUGGACUGUGAUGGCGUGAAGUUAGAUGGGGCAAAAUAAAGUAAAACUGCUCAGCCCUGGAAGAUGCGUAACAGACACAAACAUGGAGUGAGAACAGGAGGCAGUGCCAUACUGUCACCUACUGGUGUUUUGUAAAAAGUAAUGAUAAUAAUUGCCUUUACGUUAAAAUUAAUUUGUGUACGUCAGUGAAUUUUGAUUAAUUUAUUGCAUGAAUUGUACUGGGCAAGCAGAAGCUUCAUUUCCUGCUCUAUGGUUAUCUUCACACUUGAGUGAAGUCACAUCUUAUAUUUUACUUAAUACAACUUGCUAAAAUAAAGUCAAUUUACUCAG